CUAACGGCGUGUGGAACACAAAUGAAUCCUUAUGCUUGCAUCACGUGGUCUCACUGUACUCUGUAGUGGGUGCGCAUCGAUGACGUCAACAUGAUGGAUGCGAGCGGCGGCCCUUCAGCUUCCCUUUCCUCCUCCCUCCCUGCCAGAGAUCCAGAUCUUGUCCUUCUAUCAUAUCUUAUUCUCUCCAUCCGCUCCAAAUCUCUGAAGCCUUCACAUAUUACCACAAAACCAUUACACCCUUCAAUUGAAGUCAUCUGUCUUUCUCAACUCAAACAAGACCCCAACAACACCACAAAUCAUCAACUCAACAUGUUGGAACAAAUCACAUCCCUCGGCCGCCGCGCCCUGCGCCAGAGCCCCAUCACCCGUCAACCCCUCGCAGCCUGGACUCAGCCGACGACCAGCCGACGAACCUUCCACUCCGUCUCUGCGCUGCGCACAUCGCACAGCCAGCGCGAGGAGAUGAAGUCCGGCGACCGGAACGUGCUCGACCCGCAGCCAUCCGAGUUCUCCAAGACCGGCACCGACCAGGAAGUGUCGCAGCACGACGCCGCCUUCGACCCGUCCAAGACCUCGCCCGAGAGCGAGAUCCAGGCCACGCAGGAGGAGACCAAUCAGAGCGGUAAAGUGAGCAACCCGUUGAAUGUCAGCGGUGCGAACAAGGAUGUCAGCCAUGCGCGCGAGCCGACGGAGGGCGCGCCAGACCGGAACGCGAACAGGGAUGCGUCGAGUCAGCGGGGGCAGACGCCGAAGGGGAAGGAGGUGAACGAUUGGAAGAAGAAGUAUUGACGUGAUAGAGUGCUUUUGAUAUUAGUAUUGCCUGUGUAUUCGUAAUAGAGCCUAUUGUAAUUGGCUUUAGUUUACUAUACUAUUAAAUUUAUGAAAGUCAACAAUGGAG